GCGGCCUUCAUUGGUAUCACACCAAGAUGCUGAACAUCACUGAACCUUACCUGCAGUUCUUGCCUUGCAGGAGCUCAGACCAUCUUCUGCAGCCAUUCUGGGAUUAUUUACUUUUUCACUAUAUGCCUCUCAUCUCAUCCCCAUUUUUCCCCGUCCUACUCGCCUUUUCUAGCUAUUUUUUCUUCAGCUUACCUUUUUCUGUGCUGGACCUCUUGGGAGAAAAGGUGCCUUUAUUCCAUCAGUACAAGAUCCAACCAAACAGGAAGCCAACUUUGAAAAUGAUGGGUGACAACUUCAUGGUCACUUUUUAUAACCACAUCUUCUUUGUUUUACCAGCUGUAAUAAUCAGUAUUUUCAUUAUGCCUGCACCACCACUGCCACAAGAUGCUCCCACAGUAUAUGAACUGUUUAUUGAUAUGCUGGCUGUACUGCUCCUCUUUGACACUCAGUACUUUAUUUGGCAUUUCAUGCAUCAUAAGCAUCCUCAGCUUUACCGCUGGAUCCAUGCAGUCCACCACGAAUACAUAGCACCUUUCUCAUGGUCAAGUGAGCGGCUCAGCAUCCCAGAGCUGAUGACGGUGGGAUUCUGGAGCAAUUGUGAUCCAAUUCUUCUAAACUGUCACCCGCUGACCACAUGGUGCAUUACAGUUUUUAGCAUCUGGAUGUCUGUUGAAGACCACAUAGGCUAUGACUUGCCGUGGACCUUGAACCACCUGGUGCCUUUGGGGCUGCUGGGUGGAGCACCAGCUCAUGACAUGCACCACCAGAGGCCGAGCACCAACUAUGCUCCUUUCUUCAGCCACUGGGACAGAAUUUUUGGCACUGCUGCCCCUUUGAAGAAAAAAAAUGAACUGAAAAGCAAAUAAGAACUGUUCUGUCAAUAAAGCCUGUUUUUUUUAUGUGGCAUUGUUAGCACUGCAACACUCUUUUAAUGCCCAAUCCUUUAAUUACUGCUUUCUCUAUGUGGGGCCCUUGCUGUCUCCGCACUCUUUGGCAGUGUAUAUAUAUAAAUAUAUAAAUAUAUAUGUGUGUGUAUAUUCUCAAUGA